AUGACGUCUGACUCAAACUCCUGGAGAUGGUCUUCUACUGGUCUUCUUCCUGGAGGGUACCAGAGCUGGGCGCCUGGUGAACCAAAUUAUUAUCAAGGAAAAGAAUGGUGUGUCUUCAUUCGAAAUGGUGUAUGGCUGGAUGCAGGCUGUGCUUCCUCAUUAUAUUUCUUUUGUUACGAUGUUGAUCCAUCAGGCCUCAAACAGUACAUUCUGAUCACUAGUCCAAUGACCUGGUCCAACGCCCAGUCCUACUGCAGACAGAACCAUCACGACCUGGCCAUGAUCGAGAGUUCUGCUGAAAACCAAGCUGUGACUAACCUUCUUCCAACCACAACAUCCGCUAUGUGGAUCGGCCUGUACCGAAUCCCUUGGAGGUGGUCCAACGGCAGCUUAAGUACAUACAGAAACUGGGCCUCAGGGCAACCAAGCAAUAGCGGCGGAUCAGAAUUCUGUGCUAGCCAGACUUCAUCCUAUGUUUGGAAUGACGCCCCCUGUAGCCUGAAGUAUACAUUUGUCUGCUAUGCAGUUGUGACAACCAGUGCCAAUGUAAAAAUGACACUCCAGACAACAGCCAGCAUGUCCGAUACUGCAAACAGAGACAAAUUUUUACACGAGGUAGAAAAUCAUCUUGGCUUUGGUUACUCACCAAGUUGGAGAACCCCACCAUCAAAAAAAGAGAAGAAAUCUUUGAAUGAUGUCUGCACUGCAAAGUUCUAAAUCUAGCCCACGUUGGGAAGGACAGUUUGCAUUACUUUCUAAAUCGGUGAUACUCACAGGAUUUCUACCAAGUUAGAAAUUUUCCCUAAUCAAAAACAUCCCUGAAGUGGUUAAAUAUAUCAUCCAUAGGGCCGGGCACCGAAACCUGCUUCUAAGUAGGCACCAACCA